AUGGAAGAACCCAGCAUCGGAACUCUUUCCAAGCAUGCCCAGCGGUUCGUGGAUGUUCAGCAGGCUGAGUUUGCAGAAGCCAGUCUGAGUCGGAGUCCUGCUUUUUCCUUUCAUCAAAUGUCUUGGGAGAUGAUUCCAAGUGACCAGAUGGAGGCUGGGGCUUCCAGCACUUGGGAGGAGACCGCGGGAGACUGGAUUGACACAUAUUGCAGUGCAACUGGGCUACAGGUCCUUAGCAGUAAUCCUUCUCCAAAGGAUGACAGGUGUGAUAUUGAGAUCAAUCAAACCCUCUCCAGUACAGCGAUACAUUCAGAAGAUUUGGAGCAUGAUAUAGGAUUCAUGUGGCCAGAUGAAAUCAACAAAGAGCUUUUUGGGAAUAUGACAGUGCUAAAUGACAUUUGGAAAGAUGAGGAGAACAAAAUCUGCUCGCCUCCUGGAACUGACUUCGACAAGUUGAUGUAUCCACAGAGUGCAAAUGUGCUUAUGAGAGAGAAUGACCCUAUGUGGUGUGGUGAAAUUAGCAGUAGACCUCCUCCUAGGGUUGAGGACUGUGAUAUUUUCACCUUGCCCACCAAGGAGCGCAUUGCCAGCAUUGUCAAUCAGAUUACUACUGCUAUAGGGAUGCCUUCAGCAGAUAUGGCGGUUGAUUCAGUAAACGUGUGGCCAGAUGGUGUCAUCAGUGAUCUUUUUGAGAGCUUGCGAUGGACAAAUUACAACCGGGAAGAUGUUGAGAAAACCCAUUCACCUGCAAGAACUGACUUGGAGAAGUGGAUGAAUCCAGAGAGUGCAAAUGAGCAUAAGGAGGAGAGCAACCUUGGGUGCAGUUUUGAAAUUAGAGAUGUCAAACGUAAUAAUGACUGUUCCAAUACAGAAGUCAAGAGCCCCACUGGAGGACCACUGGUAGACUGCACCAACUGGAUGGAGACUAAGUUAUAUACUGAUACAGGGGAGCCGCAGAGAAAACGCCGCCCACCAUCAAUAUCAUUGAAAAGAAUCCAAGGCCAGAAUACCUCUUCCUCGAAGCAAAUGAGCAAGUUGCUUCGGUCAGAAAAGGCUCCCCAAAUGAAGCCACACCAUUCCUCUUGGCAGAGCCCCAACCAUCCAGCGUCAGCCCCCAAACCACCCGCUCACACUAAAAGGUGUAAACAACAACUGAUUAUUUCUUGCGCGAGGCAGAAAACCCAACAAAGACAAACCAGCGCCUCCACUUACCAACAAGACUGGCCGUUCCAAUUUCUGACAUGGAACCCUAAAGUGAAGAGCACUGAGGAACUGAUCUCAGAAGAGAAAAUGCAGAUGCUGGAGAAUGUUAGGCAGGCUAAGGCGCUGCUGCUAACCUUGGUAUACCAAGAUGGUACCACACAGUUACAGUCAGCAUUGGGUCCAGAGAAUCAGUCAGUGUGUGGCUUCCGUCUACUUCUCAUUAAUGAUCUGGACAACUGGCUAGCGAGCCACUCGCAUAACCAAAACGACCUCCUGCUGUACCAUAAACUGGACUGCAGCUCGACAGAGCCCCAACAGCAGAUUUUCACCAGAGACCUGGUGCUGCAGGUACUGUCACGAGCUGGUAUCACGGUGUGCUACGGAGCCAAGGAAUUUCUUUGCACGGCUCUGCAGUUGAACAGACAACAUCUCAGCUGGAAACAAGUGUCAAGCAGCCUUAUCCAGGACCCUCAGGUGUCAGCAUGGCUAUUGGACCCUGCAGAUCCUUGCUUCAGCUACCAGGACCUUCUUCGGAAACACAAAUAUACAUGGCUGUCCAAUGGAACACCUGCCAAUGUCUUCUCAGAACUGUAUUCCCUCUACUGCCUGAAUGAGAUGCUUUGUGCUAAACUAGAGAGCCAGGGCCUUUGGAGGAUCUACUCAGACAUUGAGCUGAAAAUGAUUCCAAUUCUAGCAGCCAUGGAGAGCCAACACAUCCAAAUGGACAAAGGUGUUUGGCAAAAUAUGUCAGACCUUCUGACGACUAAGAUGAACCAGUUGGAGAGCGCCGCCCAUGUAGCUGCUGGAGAGUAUUUCCUAAUCACCAGCUGCAACCAAAUCCGAAAAGUUCUCUUUGAGAAUUUGCGCCUACACGAAUGCUUUAACAAGAAGAGGCUUCCCUCGCACAUCGCAGCAUUGCAGAAAAAUGCGUCAAAUGAAACAUUGCAGAUGUACAGGGACCUGCAUCCUUUACCAAACAUUAUUUUAGAGUACAGACAGGUUCAAAAGACCAAGGACAAAUUUGUCGACUGGGCCUAUGUGUGCAUGAAGGAUGAGGGCUACAUGUCCCCGAACUGGUCGCAGACACGUGCGGUGAUGGGCAGAAUCUCCUCAAAUAACCCAAACUUUGCGGCUAUCCCAAGAAAGCUGAUUCAUAAGCGACAUGUCACAGGCGAGGAGCCGGAGGUGAUCAAUGUUAAUCCUCGGGCCAUGUACAUCCCUGCAAAAGGCUGGACCUUUGUCGCAGCAGACUUUUGCGAACUGGAGCUGCGACUCCUGGCUCACUUCUCCUGUGACCCCAAACUGCUCCACCUUCUUACUGACCCCGGGGCUGACAUCUUUGCCAUUUUAACCUCUGAAUGGAAAUGGAAACACGCGCAUGAGGUGACAUCAGAGGAAAGAGAACAAGCCGAGCGCAUCGUGUCCUCCAUUUUGUAUGGGCAAGGCCGUGAUGGCCUAACCUGCAUCAUGGGGGUGAGCGCGCUGCAGGCCCGCCAAUUUGCAGACAACUUCUUCCUGACAUACCAAAGAGUAAAAGCCUUCACACAGACGAUAAUCCAGCAGUGCCGCAGACAAGGUUUUGUGUGUUCCCUGGUGGGCCGCCAGCGCCCCCUGGAAAAUAUUAAUUCUGACAACGCAACGCUUCGCUUGCGAUCAGAGAAGCUGGCUGUUGGCUUUGUGCUUCAAGGUUCAGCUGCUGACCUCUGUAAGAUUGCCAUGAUCCAAAUCUCCGAGAUAGUCUCCACCUCCCAUACGCUCUCAGCCAGGCUAAUCGCUCAGUUCAAGGAUGAGCUCCUUUUUGAAGUGGAGGACGCACAGGUGGAAGAGUUUGCAGCUCUGGUGAAGCGCACCAUGGAGUCUUUAAGCCACAUCAACCAUGUCGGAGUCCAUCUUAAUGUCCGCCUGAAGGUGGCAGUCUCCCGUGGCAAGUCCUGGGGUUCCAUGUCUGCGCUUCCCAUCCCACCAGCUUAGCCCAUUUUUCGUAUCGCACUUUCUCUACAUUCUUAUAUUUGAGUGCGGGUGUCUUCAUCACUCGGUUCUUCAUGUCACGCCUCAUUUGUCCAGCAUCCACAUCGCUAUGGAAACCCGGCAGCUGCUCCCGGCGCUCGCUUUUACUCCAUCCGUAUCCGGGGGCAACGGCAGGAGCCGCAGACUGGAUUGGACCAGUUCUUCCUCUCCCUCUCUCUCUUUUGCUCUUGCUUUCGUUCACAUUACACAUUUAAAUGAGUGUUAUUUAUACUUUAAUAUUUUUGGUUCAGCUCAGUUCAGCUGUGCUUAAUUCUAAAAUUCUCUCCUUUCUCCCUCUCUCAUGUUUACAUUACACGUUUCACUGAUUGCUAUUUAAACAUAUUUAUAUAACUUAAUAGAUUUGUUAAUACAGUUCAAGAUAAUGUUCUGCACCUUAGUGAUCUGUUGGAUAAACCAUGCAUGUUCUCAAAUAUACUGUAUUCAAUGAAUUCGACCUCAAGCCCCAACCCCACCCCCCCACCAGCUACCACAACACUCAUUUGGCUCAAACGCCUUUUGUCUUGAUUCGAGCCCCUCGCACAAACGCACGCAUUCCACAAAUACUCGUACACAUUUUGCAAGCACACACACACAUGCACUCUGUAUCCACCACCAGGCCACUGUGAAUGCACUCGUACAGACUUCCAGGCACAGUGACCGAAUUCCCUUGUCUCAGGCAACCAUGCUCUCUUUUUAUAUUGAGUAUCUACGUAUGUGAUUGGUCCAAGUCUACACAACUCUGUUCAAAUGCCAGGUUUUUGUGAUUAAAAAAUGUGACCAAGAUGUAAGUAUCAUUCAUAUGCAGUGUCACUGCAUUCAACAAUUCUGGACAGCAGCAACAACCCAAACAACAGGACCGAGGAGGGACAAAUGUUUGAAGAAACGAGACGUUCGCGCCUCAAUGUUGUCAUUUUAUCAAGACGGCAAUUUAAGAUGUCACAUCAUAGAUUUGUGUCACAAAUCAAUCGUCUCUGUCUGGGUUAUUUUUAUCACGUCUACUAUAUGUUUCAAGUGGAAUUAAACUGCCAUAUGAACAGGGGUGUGUACACUUUUGAUAUCCACCGUAGCCCCCUGUGUUCACCCCAAUGUGGCUACAAA